AUGAACUGUGUUGUUCUAUCCACGGUCGGUAAGCCGAUGUAUCGGCGUGCAAUUUGGAUCGCUACCUCGUGGUCGCCAUCGAUGAUAAUAGUUCAGCCUUUGCGAAAUUAUUCUAAUUUUGCUACUACUAAGUGUUUAACUGCAUCACUGAAGUCUAGGCCGAAAACCGUGUAUCUCUCAUAUCGUGCUAGUGCCCUGUCGCUGAAGUGGCUACCAACUCAUGCAACUAACACAUCAUAUCGACUUUUAUGUAGUGGGAUGGAGGCCAUCGGGAUCGCCAAGCAGGAAGAGGAAGACCCUAAUGCAGUGCAUGAUAUCAUCAGCAAACGAAGCUAUCAAGCGGUUUGCCCUGAUAAGGCAAACUUCGCUCAAAACGGCUACGACGAUGACGAGGACCAGGAUGCCGCCAUGGCUACUUAUGAGGAGUUUCUUCUCAGUAUGAAUGAGGCGUCUUCGGCCCUAUCUGAGUCGGCCUCAAUGCCAAGCGCGGCGGCGGGACCCACGGAAAGCGGGGCAGGCGAAGUAACGGUCACGGAGGCUGUCAGGGCAAUCGUCAGUGAAGCUGUUGCUUUAUUACCGGAGGAUGGCCGCUCAAUACGGUUAACAGACCUCACACCGCUUUUGGAUGUGGAAGCUAUAAAUAAAUUGUCUGGGGGCGGUUCUGUUCUUUCUUUCCUUCAAAGCUUUCCUGACGUAUUCACCGUGUCCGCGUCUGAGGGCCAGGGGGUAUCUGGUGGAGGCCUUGGCGUUGGCUCUGGGCGGCGGUGGUACGUGAGUCGUUUGAAACCAAUAAAGAGUCCGGCAGGAGCCAUACCAUCCGCCGAUGGUGGUAGUGGCGCUCUUACUAUGAAAUUAAAUGAUCUUGCGGAUUUGUAUACUGAGGAGGAAUUACGUGCACUGAUUCGGCCUGCCUCGCGUUCGGUAGCCGGCACCUGCCAAGAGGAGCGGCUUAGUACCUCUACUGCACCAAGCAGAACUGCUAAAUGUGGGCAGCGGCAUGCUCUGCAGCCUGUGAAUGAUCCUGCAGAUGGACAUGUUUCUUCCAUAUCAACACCGGACUGGGGUCUUUUAGCGGCAGCCCUUCCACCUUCCAAACCGUUACCUGUCACACAGGUCAUGCGGGAGGUCGCGCCAGAGGAAUUUCUACUGCAGGUAAAAUCCAGUGGAAAGGGCCUUAUACGUCUUUUUCAUGAGCAGUACGAAGUUGCCAGACAUCAUGUGAUGCUUUCCGCCGAAAAUAGCCUCCUCGCACGUGCAGGGGAAUUGCAUGAUGUUGCGGCUUGGGCACCGGAUGUUGCUGCCGAGCAGCUUAUGAAGAGUAACGACCUCGGCGUGAGUUCCUGGGUGGGCGAUUUGCUUCUGGAUGAAGAAGAGGAGGUUUCAGCAAGUGAUUCAUUCGUCGAAGAUGAGGAGGACGUACCCACUGAGACGGGGCAAGAUGCUGCGGCAUGGGCGGCAACCACAGUUCAUUGGCCAAAUGUGUUCUAUGACGGCUUGUCGGCACCCCAGAAAAAGUCUCCUGGCACCUCAAGCGCCAGAGCAUCAACGAAAUCCAAGAAAUCUCCAAAAUCUUCUAAGGCUCCUGCGAUUCGAUUGACGACGCCUGCGGAUUCCCCGGUUGACUCAGCCAAGCCCAUUUACAAAUCUGACAAAGCACACUCAGAAUCGCAGGUGAAGGAGCGAGCUGCGGCUUGUCGGAGCAGCUGUGAAGGGCGCCCCAAGAAUCCACAGGAACUGCAAGAGGCUCACACCGAGCUGGCUAUCCAGCGCGGCUGGCGCACUCCUUUGGAAAUGUUAGACUUUUUCGUUGAGUGUUUUCCGACCUUCUUCGUCCCCGUACCGGAGCUUGUGCCGACAGAUGCUCUCGCGAGGAUAUUGGGCCCGCGAAACACCAUAUCGCACGUUGUGAAGGUGUACUCCUACUUCUUCGAAUAUGAUAAAAACAAUAACCACGCUCGUCUGGCACCAAGUCUGCAGCACCCACGCAUAGGGCAGGCCAAUGUGCACUACGCCAAAUGGGAUCCGCAGCGCCUGACCGGGGGCCCGGACACAAGGCACGGGUCAGCAUCACGGCUAACCGCGCGACCUUGUGGCGUAACUUUGCAGGGCACUGCUGCGACGAAUGCUUUCCCUAUUUUAAAGCCCAUCAUUCGUAGCGCACAUGGCGCAUCGAAUCCAAACCCUCUGGUGGCGAAGAAUAGACAUGCCUUCAAUACUGCUCAAGGGAGUACAGCGGCUUCGUCGUUGGCACUAAGCGGAGUACCUAGAUCUUCAAUUUUUUCUGGGAUUGAACAUGUGGAUCACCUUCAGUCACUACACACACUGCUCAAGAUAAUCAAUAUUAUUCCCUAUGCAAAGUUUGUAUCUCUGAUUGAAGCGGCAGAGCAGGCUGGAGUCACCGCAGCAGAGUUUGAGGGAAUAAUCCAGGCUGAUGGAGAAACUUUUACGAAUGCCAAUGCCCAUCAUCACUUGUUUCUCACAGUUUCACUAUCUGAAGGCGACGGUGGGAGGAUGGUGCGCCUGCGCCCAUACUGGCUGGCCCCUAAUAGCCUAGGUGAUCUGAAGGCUGAGGACCUGCCAGUGAAGGUGUCAUCGGCAUUGCGCCCGACAUGGACGUCAAUUAAUAAGUUUCUGUCGAAAAUUCCAGAGGACAGCCAAGCUCAGCUAUUGCAGCUCAAAGUAAGGGAUCAGAUAGACUGUGGGGACAUCGAUGGUAGUGAACAAAAUGAAAGGAAUCACCUUCAGCAGAUUAUGGGGUGUCUGCGCCUUGCUGGUCGCUGCUGCUGGGUCGACGUGGAUGGGAUGAGAGUGCGGCGCUACACUGCCAACGCUGAUUUAGAUGACUUUACUCAUAUUAUUGUUGAUCUCCUGAGCCAUUUUGCUACACACGUUUUGGAGCCUGUGGACGUGAUACUUGACCGCGCUGAUACGUCUCUGUCGGCACUUUCACAUACCGAGAAGGACAUGACGAGGGGAGAGGGAGGUCUGACGGCACUAUGCCGCCACGCCCUACAAUCACGGCGUGAAGAGUUCGUGGAGUUUCUACAGUCUCAUAAAAGGGUUCUGGAAGUAAGUGCCGCAGAUGAUGGUCGGAAUAUAUGUGUUCGUCGGAAGACUAGUUUCGUUUCUUUUGUUUCUGGAAAUUAA